CACAGAUCAUCCACACAUUUUCACACGUCUGCACAUGUCCUCCACAUGUCACCGAAUAUCUUCCACACGCCUCCACACGUCUCCACAUGUCCUCCACAUUUCUUCACAUAUCCUCCACGUCUCCGAAUGUCCUCCAAACAUCGCCACACGACUCCACGUGUCUUCCACAAGUAUCAACACGUCUCCACAUGUCCUCCACAGGUCUCAACAUGUCAUCACCACGUCUCAAUAUAUCAUCCACACGUCUCCACACGUCUCCAAAUUUCCUCCACACGUCUCCGCAUGUCCUGAACGCGUCUCCGCAUGUCCUCCUCACGUCACCACAUGUUUUCAACACGCCUCCACACGUCUCCACAUGUCCUUCACGUCUCCAUAUGUCCUCCACACUUCACCAAAUGUCCUCAACACGUCUCCACAUGUCCUUCACAGGUCUCCACGUGUCCUCCACAUGUCCUCCACAUGUCUCCACAUAUCCUCCCCGUCUCCACAUGUGCCCACACGUCCCAACACGACUCCAUUCGCCUCAACAUGUCCUCCACAUGUCCUCCACACAUCUCCACAUGUCUCCACGUGUCUUCCACACGUCUCAACACGUCUCCAAAUGUCCUCCACAGGUCUCCACAUGUCCUCACCACGUCUCCACAUAUCACCCACACGUCUCCACACGUCUCCACACGUCUCCACACGUCUCCACAUGUCCUGAACGCAUCUCCACAUUUCCUCCACACGUCUGCACAUAUACUCCACACGUCUCCACAGAUCAUCCACACGUAUCCACAUGUCUCCACAUGUCCUCCACGCGUCUGCACAUGUCCUCCACAUGUCACCGAAUGUCUUCCACACGCCUCCACAAGUCUCCACGUGUCCUCCACAUGUCUCCACAUAUCCUCCACGUCUCCGUAUGUCCUCCCCACGUCCCCACAUGACUUCUAUUCGUCUCCACAUGUGCCUGCACGUCUCCACACGACUCCACUCGCCUCAACAUGUCCUUCACACGUAUCCACAUGUGCCCACAAGUCUCCACAUGUCCUCCACAGAUCAUCCACACAUCUCCACACGUCCCAACGUGUCUUCCACAUGUCUCAAAAGGUCCUCCACAAGUCUCCGCAUGUCAUCCUCACGUCACCACAUGUCUUCCACACGUCUCCACCAGUCCUCCACACGUCUCCACGUGUCCUCCACAUGUCACCGAAUGUCUUCCACACGCCUCCACACGUCUCCACCUGUCCUCAACACGUCUCCACAUGUCCUCCACAUGUCACCGAAUGACUUCCACACGCCUCCACACGUCUCCACAUAUCCUCCACGUCUCCGCAUGUCCUCGACACGUCCCCAUAUGACUUCCAUUCGUCUCCACACGUGCCCGCACGUCUCCACACGACUCCACUCGCAUCCACAUGUCCUCCACACAUCUCCACAUGUCUCCACAUGUCUUCCACACGUCUCCACACGUCUCAACGUGUCCUUCACACGUCUCUACAUGUCCUCCACACGGCUCCACGUGUGCCCACAAGUCUCCACAUGUAAUCAUUGAAAGUGAUCUGAAUAUAUACUCAUUUGAAUCUGCAGUUAUAUCAGCUAAUUCAAGAUACGACUUCAUGUGUUGAACAGGACACAUGUCAGACAAUGUAGCAGCUGUGACAACCCAUGCACCAUCUCGGUAAACAUCGGUUUGGGAUUUAUCAAUAAAAAUAGACAUAUACUGGUCAUACAAAUAUAUAUCAGAUCUGGAGAAAUGCGGCAACUCGCAGGAACGCAAAAAUCCCGAAUAAGCCACAAGAAUCAUGGUUACCAAUCUACUGUCUUUUAAAUUUGAUUUUCACUUAGAAGUGAUAACUAUAUAUGAGAUACCUUAUAUGAGAUACAGUGAUUGGCUCUUUUUUGCACACAGACUUAGCAAGUCUCCUUUGGCCAGCUUCCAAUACAUUUUGUACCAGAGUAUUCUCAGUUGGGCUAGUGAGUCCAACAAUAACAUGGGCAUAUCUUACGCUGUAAAAUGCAUUCAUAACUGGGGAUAUACUAUCACAGCUUUGUAUCAAUGAUAAUAGAUAAAGAGCACAAUGCAAAGGUAUUAAUGGAAUAGAACCUGAUAAACCGUGAGAUUCAGCCCAAAGCUUGAAUCGCCUGAAACCAUAAUCAUAAGAUUUAUAUGAUGAAGCAGAUCUCGCUUCAUUCAAGAGUUCAUUCAGUGGAUUUAUCUCAUUUCUCACCAUACACACAUUGUUAUAUACAUGAACCUGAAACAAAAACAACAUGCUAUGAAUCACAUCAUCCAGAAUAAUCUAUAUUCAAUGCUAACAUCGGAAACUUCAAAUCUGGAAACUUGGAAUCAGUGUCGUAUAAUCUGCUCAGAUAAUCUGCCCUAUCAUUGAGGCAGCGAGGAAUCCAUUCAAUGUCCAGCUGAAUACUAUACUGUAAGCUCAUCUGGAAACUUUCCAGAGCUAUUCACUUAAGAUGAACUUUCAUACUUCCUUUCUGCACAACUGAAACAACGUUUUGGUUGUCUGUGAACCAUUUCACUGUGUGGAAUCCUAAAAAACUGAGAAAGCUACUAAGUACCAUGGUAACUGCUAUGAGUUCCCUCCACGUGGAGCUCCUCUAUAUUUCACUAACUGACCAUUGUCCAUGAGAAAAAAUAAACUAUCCUAGUAGGGGAACUUUCAGCACGCAAGGACCUCGAGUUAUACACUGAAAUGUUGGACAACCAAAACCUAAGUUGUUCAUAACUAGAAGGAGAUAAAUAGAUCCUGUCAUUCCAAGACCUUGCCUGUAACACAUCAAUAGAUAAUGCCCUCGUCAUGAGCUGACUGACAGAACCAAUUACUGGCUUCAUUGCUAUUACCUGACCUACAACUGACGAAAUACUCCGGACCGGUAUCUUGCAUUUCAUUUCCACAAUGUUAUCAAUACAACCCUUGAGUUUACUAAUUUUCCUAUCGGGUACGGUUAGCGUGAACUGUGAAGUAUCUACGCAAAAGCCAAGCCAUUCUAAGCACUGUGAUGGUGACCACAACGACUUCUCAACUCUAGGAACGAAACCAGAUUGAACCAAAUCACCUUUGACCUUCACUGCCGAGUCCCUGCAACCAUUUUCUGAAAAUUCAACCAUAAUUCCAUCAUCAAGAAAUGUAACAAUACAAAGACCAUCAUAGCGCCAUCUUUUUUACUAACUGUCUGGUAACUUUUGUAAAGAUAUAAGGAGCUGAUGUCCAACCAAAUGGCAAUACUAGAAACUUAUAGUAUUUCUUCCCCAGUGGUAAGGUCCAUGAAAAGCCAAGAUGAGCCGUAUGCUGUGGAAACAUUUCGAUGUGAUGCACGACUGGGUGGCUGUGAUGGGACUGUGACGAGCGGGCAGUCUCUCCUCCAGUGUGACGGAUCUCCGCACGCGAAGCACGUGCCUGUUCUGUAGUUUGUACGAAAGGGCCGCUGGGAUAUGGCGGGCUGAGUUGUAAGGUUAGCCACAGGAAAAGUAGACUGGGUAACAGUCGCUGUAGGUUUCCUAUACGGAGAAAACCUUUCAAACUUGGACCGCUUCUUCUCAAGUUUUUUAACAGCUCUGGCUUCAGCUCGGAACAUCCUUCUUUCAUCGUCGGAAUUAUCAGCCAGCUCAUUGUUCUCAUACUGACGCACUGUUUCCCACCCAGCUUCUGAUGUAUCUGCUAAUUUGAUAUGCUUAUUUCUUCGUUCUAUGCGUGAAAUCUCAGUGGCGAUCAGCUCGUGAAGAUGCUCCCCUUUUCCAUAAUCAAAAGCAAACUUAAUUUGCUUCAAAUUGUCUAUAAUGUCCACAUUAAAGUUAUACUGUAUUUUAUGGCCGUCACGUUUCCACGCGAAUUCUUUCUCAGAUUUAAUUUUCUGCAAUUCCAAAGAAGUUCUCUUCAAACUAGCAUGCAAACCUGCAAGUUUAGCAUCCACUGCUUUGUCAAUGUCUGCUGUGGAUACCUACUGUGAUAACAUGCUAUCCAGUUUUUCGUUGAUCUCGGGCGGAAUGGCCAUAGUCCAAUUAAAAGAUGCACGUGGACUAUACUUUUGCGGGAAUAAAGCUGCUUGUUUUAUGGCUAGACCGCAGGCGAGAAUGAACUCCCCGACCUAUGACGUCACUCAUAUACUCCAUAUAAGCGCCAAGUUACUCCCCCUUUGUAUCUGGUUUGUGCAUGAAGAGAAAUCAAUUUCAUUCUAAUUCAUUCUAUUCAAACUAAAGAAAUUUCAUUAUUCCUUGGCAUAUCAGUACGUCGUCCAAUUUCGAUUAAAAGCUCAAGCGAGGAACAUCUAAAUUUGUAACAUUAAUAUAAAAAGAUACUUGUCUGCAUGAAUGAAUGUUUAACAUUUUAUAAUACAGAAAUCGAAAUACAGAAGAUAAAGAUUGACUCCUGGUUUGAACAUACAUAUCCUUUUACAUGCGUGAAAGAGUUAAUGAAAUGGUUAUUAGAAUUUAAAGUUUGUUAAUUCUAUACAUAGCCAUAACGAUUUGGUAUAAGUUCAUUAUUGAAGAACGAUGUAGAGACGUCGAGGACAUUUCCAAUUUGACGCAUCAGUGACAAAAAUUAUGUCCGAUGCAAUUCCCUAUUUUGACUUGUAUAGAAGAAUCUUAUAAAGUGUGCAAGGAAAAGAUACUAGACAUUUUUAAUGGAGCCAGAAAUAAGAAUCCUACAUGUGAGGAACUUGCUGAUAGAGACAUAGAACGUGCACACAGGAUAUUCAGCAAAACAACAAAUAAACCCCGCCCUCUUAUAGUGAAAAUGGCACACUGGGAUGAUAAAAUCCAAAUACUUGGAUUUAGGGAUACCCUGAGAGAAGUGGUAUAUGGUGUCGCUAAUGACCUAACAUAUUUCCAGCAACAAGAGCUAGGCAGGUCGUGAAAGUCCAGAUAAGGGUUGUUUUUUUACAAAGGAGGGAAACUUGUGGAGGAUGUGAAGAAGGGUAGUGAGAUGAGAGAUAGCCAAGAGACACCAGAGAGAACUACAGCAUACAUACGGGAAAGAAGGGAUAGCCAGAACAUCAGAACAUCACCCUCAUAAGGACAUAGACGGGGAGGUUCACACACAGGACCACGACUUCUGAGUUCUCGCUCUAAGGCCUGGGACAGGACAGCAACCCGCUGCGGUUGCGACGAUACCGAGCGUGAUUGUAGGACGUCUCAUGUAGAUGACUGUAAAUUUGAAAAUAGAACAUUUGUUUUCUGGAAUGUAUCAGGACUUAAUUCUAAAUUAACUGAUCAGGACUUUACCGAUUAUUUAAACUCAUUUGACUUACUCGGCAGAAAAGAAACAUGGAUGAAAGAUAUAGACAUAAAUUUGAUAUUUCUAGGAUUCAAGAUAUGGAUCAAAGAAGCUGAAAAGAUUUCCAACUGGUGGUAUUGCCAUAUUCAGUUAGACAACAACUUGUUAAAUAUGGAAAAUGGUCUCAAGUUUACGACAGUGGCAUUUUCGUGCUGUUAGAUAAAACCGUAUUUGGAUUUUAAAAAGAUUUGCUAUAUUCAUGUGAUUAUGUUCAUCCUGAAUGUUCGACGUUACACAAACCUUUGGA